UACUAUCCGAUCAUCAUUCGAAUAACAUCUGUUUACUUAUACAGUGAUUUCGAGGAUUUAAAGGACCACUCAGGAGACCGAAGCAGUCAUGAAGCUAUUCUUAUUUGGUGUUUUAUUCUCUGUAUCAGCGUUUGCUGAACCGCCCGUUAACAACAGAUAUCUCCCUCCCUCUCAGACCUACGGCGUUCCUGGUUUCGGGGGACAGAGACAGACAGAUGCUAUAUUCAGAAAUCGCCAAACAAACACGUACAAUGCCCCAUCACGUCGCCCAUCAUCAGAAUACGGACCCCCAAGCCAGAUACCAUCGAACCAAUAUGGACCCCCAUCUCAGAGCCUCUCUAAUCAAUAUCUGCCACCUCAAAGCGGCCGACUGUCACAGCCGUCAGCGCAGUACGGCGCCCCUAAUGGGUUCGGUGCUUCUGAUUUUGGAGUUCAGUACGUGACCCCCUCACAAGAAUAUGGCGCACCUGGGUUUGGUGGUAGAGGUGGUAACCGUCAGUACUCCCAGAAUGGAAAUGGUGCUAACAACGGCUUCAAUAGGAAUCAAAACCGUCAGUAUUUGCCACCCACGCAAGGAGGAUACAACUAUGAUGAUGGUAGCUCUGGGGAACCCGCGAACUACAGUUUCGAAUAUAUGGUGAAAGAUGAACCUUCUGGCAACGACUUCGGCCACCGCGAAUCCCGUCAAGGUGACAGAGCUGAGGGAUUGUAUUAUGUGCUGUUACCCGACGGCAGAAAACAGACUGUCGAGUACGAAGCCGACCAAAACGGUUACAGACCGAAAAUUUCCUACGAAGACACCGGCUUAGGGGGUGGUUAUAACAGAAACGCGCAGGCGGGGGGUUACAACCAAAACACCCAAGGGGGUUACCAGUAUUAAGUAUUCUAAAAAGGGGGUUCACUUUUAAAAAUGCCGAAAUAUUAAUUGAUCUCCUGCGAGUUUUUUAAUGAAGAAAUUUAUUGUUAGAUGAUUUUGUAUAGAUUUUUAAUGUGAAACUACAGUUAGAUUCUCAAACGAAUCCCACCUAUUAUUUUUAGUAGUUAUUUCAUAUAAAUGAGCAAGAAAUAAGAAUAUGUGAAUGUGAAAAGAUAUUUUGUAGAAUCAUAUACAUAUAUAUGUAUCAAAUGCUAUUGGUUUUUAUAUUAUUAUUGUUAUAUUACAUGGUUGUUUACUGACGACUGAGGCUAUGAUAAACGGAUCUUGAUGUAAUGUUAUUUAGGUUAUGAUACUUUAUGUAAAAUGUAGAUUACACAAACUUCUAGUUCAUAAAAUUAUGAAGGAAAUAGAGCUGUAUGUAAAUAUGUCAUGUAUUCGAUAAAAAAAAAUCGAAAUAUAAUCUGAAAUGAAUCAUGAUUAACUGACGUUCCACAACGGAGGUUUUUGUUGUUUUUGCUUCUCGAUACCGAGAGUUUUCAGCAGACUGGCAUGUUUUUUUUUAUGUUUAAUAGAUUAAAAUCUAGAGUUAUACCUCCCCAGGAAUGGUUACAUUCUUUUGUAGAAAUGAAUUAUUUAAUAGUGUUUGAGUUGUUAGUAUUUUAGGUGCUAAAAGUUCGUCGUACGUCCUACAUUCUUAUAAUGGCCAGUUUUGCCAAAUCUAUCCUCUCUGUAAGGCUUGUACAGUUUUAUUUUUAAUGUUUACUUUUAAUAAACUUCGCUUUUGUGUA